UCUCACACAUUCAGCCGGGCGCGGAGCCUCCCUAUACAUACUACAGAGUCCGGACCUCAGAGUGACAACACUGCGUCGUGCCCAACUCCAGCUCACAGCGGGAUCAGCACGCACUGGAUAAAAGGAGAUACUUUUUCUUUGUUUUGGUUUGUUUGUUGCAUUUUUCUGUGAUUUUUUUCUCGCGUUAAGGUGCAACUAUAGGGACACAUUGGAACGUUUUUGAAAGCUUUUUUGAAGUUAUUCGGGGUUUACAGUUAAGCGACAUGGAGAGGAUUACCAGUGCGCAACCACCUCCCUGUGUGCCAAAACAUGCGUCUCUGGAUAUAGCUGACAUGCCUGGAAUGGAGUUUCCCAUCUAUAUGUACAAACCCAGGAGGGGCAUGAAACGCGGGGAUGAGAGCAAGGAGACGUACAAGUUGCCCCACCGACUGAUUGAAAAGAAAAGACGUGACAGAAUCAACGAAUGCAUUGCCCAGCUGAAGGAUUUGUUGCCAGAACAUCUUAAGCUUACAACCCUGGGUCAUUUGGAGAAAGCUGUGGUGCUGGAACUCACUCUCAAGCAUGUGAAAGCCUUGAGUUCUCUCCUGGAGCAGCAGCAGCAGAAAAUUAUUGCGCUACAGAAGGACCUGCAAAUUAGCGAUCAUGGUGGUGACACCGCAGAGGCCAACGAGGAGAUGUUCCGCUCAGGCUUUCACUUGUGUGCAAAAGAGGUCCUCCACUAUCUGGCCAACCAAGAAAGCAGCAGGGACCUGACCCCUUCCCAUGUCAUCACCCACAUCCAAAAGGUUGCCGCCGAAGUCCUGCAUCAUCAAAGCAGUCGAGUAGACGAGUCCGUCCUUCAAAGUUCAGAGAAAGUGAAGAAACCUGCCGGACAGCCUCCAAGAACCUCCGAAGGCCCAGCUAAGAACUGUGUUCCCGUCAUCCAAAGGACUUAUCCUCAUGGUAUGGGGGAGCAGAGCGGCAGUGAUACGGACACUGACAGCGGGUAUGGGGGAGAACAUGACAAGCGUGACCCCAAAGCUCAGUGGUCAGAAAGCCACGCCAGAGAGGGGGAGCUCAAGCAUGCUGCAUCUGAUCGGACAGCCAGUGCCAUCAAGCAGGAGGGUGAUGAGCCUCAGGCCAAGAAGUCGAGGUCUGACUCCUCAGAGGCUGAAAUCCUCCCCAGUCACACAGCAGGAGGUCCUGGCAGCUACAUGAGUUUCUCUCCCAACCAGCCCCCAUUUUGCCUGCCCUUCUACCUCAUCCCCCCUGCAGCUGCAGCAGCGGCAGCCUAUCUGCCCAUGCUGGAGAAAUGUUGGUAUUCCGGGGGCAUGCCUGUCAUGUACUCAAGCAUGAGUGGCUCUGCAGCUAGUUUGCCUCCAGAGUCUCUGCCCUCAUCUCUUGUGAUGUCCCCAAGGGCAGGGUCACCGGUUCCCCACCAGAUCCCCAUGGACUCCCCUGCUCUUCACAAAGCUUUAAAGCAGGUCCCACCAUUGAACUUGGAAACCAAAGACUAAACAGACUUUUUCUGUUGGAAUCUUGCUCUCUGAAUGUUGAACAGGGUUGAAUCGUUGGCUCACUGAAAAGAGGGUAAACACAACUUAAAUGUGCUGAUAUUCCUCCAAACCACAGCUGUUGUUUGGCUCAUCAGAACAUCGACCCCAGCAAGGAACCCCAAAUGGUCACCACCCUGUAUCCCAUCAGCUUACACACUGAAACGGGACUUUUAGGGGCAACCUGAAGUGCCCAUGUGAAGGCUCAUAGAUCACCUGUUGCAUGGCUCUGAAACACUGUGAAAUGGUCAGUUUAAAGAGGAUGAGUGCAUAAGAGAGCGCAAGAGUUGGGUUUUUUUUUAGCGAUGAUCAUCUUCUCUGCACUCAAUGUUGAAUGUCAGAGGUAAAUCCAGAAUGUAAGGCACAGAUAAGGCCCCAGCUCCCCCACCCCCCAAUUAUUUGGACCUACGUUUUUGCACACACACCAGUCUGUAAUGAAUGUAAAGAUUGAACAAAAGCCCCUUGUAGAUGCUGCUUGAAUUAUUAUAACCUGCUGUAGAUCUGUGGAUGGAAGAUCUACCUUAAGGUGUUUGUCGCUCCUUGUAACUGCAACAAACUAUUGUUUAGACUAGAAUGUUACCAAAAAAAAAGUCUGGUUCAUGUCGACCGGAGACAUCAGAAAGGACAUUGCUCCACUCACCCUUCAAUUACCAUGGAGCUAAAUGGACACAAAUGUUCAUAAUGUUUAAAGAAUUCAGGGCGUUGUACGAGGUGUGUCAUUCACAUGUCUGUUGAAGAGUGAUGUUGCCAUACAUGCUUUUACAAUUUAAUUUGUGACACAUGACUAUUUGUGUAUGUAGAUGGAGUUCCUGUGAAGUAAUGUCUUGUUUUCUUCUUCUUUUUUUUUCUUUGUUUAUACUACUCAUACAUCUCUAUUUUUGAUACGUGACCCAUUGAGUGUAUUUGCAUCGCCACCAGAGAAAGGUUGACAUAGUCUUUUGCUGUAUGCCAAGAGAGUGCGUAUAUAGCAUGGUGCUCAACCACACUUGCAUCUUGCCCACAAAUUCCCGGUCAAGUUAAGGCCUGAUCUUAGCUCAUGCUGUUGCCUUUACUCAUUUAACACAGACACAACGAUGGCAGAUGUUUUGACGAUGUAUUUGCUUUAAAUGUCGUGUCUGUUGCAAAGAGAGUGAAUGUAAAGUUCAAACAAAAAUAAUAGUUUUGUAUAGAAAGAGGUACUUGGGAUUUUUAUUUUGCAAUGUAACACAUUGGUUGUUUGUUGUACAUAUUUUGUAUAUACAGUAUUAUUGAUAUAUAUUAAAAUAUUAAUAAAGCAUUUUUCUUCC